CCACCCCGCACAGCGGCAAAAAUGGGCAUCUCUGGGCUCCUUCCUCUGUUGAAAUCUGUACAAAAACCAUGCUCUCUGAAGAAAUUCGAGGGCAAGACGAUCGGUGUGGAUGCCUAUGGCUGGCUUCAUAGAGGCACGGCCGCCUGCGCCAUUGAGCUGGCCCAGGGGAAGCCGACGACCAAAUAUGUCGACUUCGCCAUGAGCCGUGUUCGAAUGCUGAUCCACUUCGGCAUCACUCCGUAUAUCAUUUUCGACGGCGAUUAUCUUCCGAGUAAAUCUGGGACGGAAAAGGACAGAGCUGCACGACGGAAAGAGGGCAAACGCUUGGGACUGGAACUGCUCAAGGUCGGAAAGAUUGCACAGGCUCAGCAAGAGCUCCAGAAAGCGGUCGAUGUCACGCCCGAAAUGGCUCGCAUGCUGAUCGAGGAAUUAAAGCAUCACAACAUUCAGUAUGUUGUUGCUCCUUUUGAGGCUGAUUCCCAGAUGGUUUAUCUCGAACGCGAGGGCAUCAUUGACGGUAUACUGUCGGAAGACUCCGAUCUACUUGUGUUUGGUGCCAAAUGUCUGAUUACCAAGCUGGACAAAUAUGGCGAAUGCAUCGAAGUCAACCGGAACCACUUCACGGCCUGUCGAGAAGUCAGUCUGGUAGGAUGGACCGAUGCUGAUUUUAGACGAAUGGCCAUCCUGAGCGGCUGCGACUAUCUUCCCGGUAUUGGCAACAUGGGGUUGAAAACGGCGCAUCGCAUGUUGCGUAAACACAAAACAGUUGAACGCCUUGUGAAAGCCGGUCAAUUCGAUGGGAAGCUCAAAAUACCUUCUGGUUAUUUGGAGGACUUUUAUCAAGCAGAGAAGACUUUUCUCUACCAAUGGGUAUUCUGUCCAAUCGCAAAAGAGAUUGUGCAUUUGACUCACCUCGAUCCGGGCGUGGAGGCAGAUAACAUGCCGUUUAUUGGGGAGAAAGUGCCGGCACAUAUUGCUUAUGGGGUAGCACGCGGAGACUUGCAUCCCCACAGCAAAGAACCACUUCGACUCCUUGCCAAGGGCCCACCAAGGGGCAAACCAUUGAAGCCCUCAAUGUCGGCAUCUUUUAGCGCAUGUACACCUGCAAAAACACCCGCCACUGGAAAACACGGGAAGCCCAUCGAAGCCUUCUUCAAACCAAGGCGGACCCCAUUGGCAGAACUUGACGUCAACUUGUUCACACCCUCACCGAGCCAGCAAGUGCUUUUGGAGCAGGAACAGAAUAAUCCUGGAUGGGAGGCUGUUGCAGCGCCACAACAAGCUCCUAUGACGGCACCUCAGCCUGUCAGGAGGACGACUUCUGAUUCCAUCACAAGCAGAAGAUCACUCCCGCAGCCACCGAAAAGGCAACGCCUUUGUACAGAGCCUGUUUCCGAUACCCCAGGUGAUAGUAAGGGAGAGGAUACACGAAGUCGGUUCUUUGCAGCAUCCGUUGCGGAACCCAGCCCCACACUCCGCGUCUCCAAGACAUCAAAGAAGAAAUCAAGGCAUAGUUUCGAGCUUCACUCUGACGAUUCUAUCGAGGACGCUAUGAAUGAAUUGGUUGAUAUUGAGGAAGGUCUUUCUCAGCCUAGGAAGAAAAUGAGGAUCUUCAGCGACAGCUUCAACUCAAGCAUGAACAGCGACUCACAGUCAUCCAUCUUUUCCCGAUCAUCAAAUCGAACCCUGACAGACUCUCAAGAGUCUGGAGUAUCAACCCCAGCAACAUCAUUUGGCAGUCCGGAAAUAGAGUCCAAUCUCGGUGCGAGCAUGCCUCAGCAGAUGAGGAUUUUCCGCUCCAAAUAUUCGUAUAACUCCAGUUCACCCUUGUCUUCAGCACGCCCCACCGCAUCUUCCAGGCGAACUUCAACUGCAACCAGUUCGAGACUAGCACAGAGCAGCAUCCGAUAUUCGUCCCCAGAGACCUCAGACCUGCCUGAUUUGCGCUUUUGUGAUGGUGCUGGCGACGACGAAGAAGAAGAAGAACAAGCCGAAGUCAUCGUUCCUGCUAGCGACAGCGAGUCCUCAACACCCCGCAAAACAGUGUCGUCGAAUGUUAUCGAUGUCAGGGGUAGUGAAGAGUUGCUGGUGCCUGACAGUGAUGCGGAAAGCACGUGUUCUCCACGCAAACCUUUACUGAAUCUUGGGCGGUUCGCGUUCAACGGCUGA